AGGAGGUCCUCACAGAGUAUUAUAUUCUUACCUUACCCCGUGAUGGCCGUGCCCCGGUUGGUUCUUAUCUUCAGCGGGAAAAGGAAAUCAGGGAAAGAUUAUAUCACGGAGCGGCUCCGAGCUAGUUUGGGUGGGGACGUGUGCGCCAUCCUGCGCUUGUCUGGGCCCCUGAAGCAGCAGUUUGCUCUGGAGCGGGGUCUGGACUUUGAGCGCCUCCUGGAUGCCACUGAGUAUAAGGAGCGGUACCGGGCCGACAUGAUCCGCUGGGGGGAGGAGAAGAGACGAGCGGACCCCGGAUUCUUCUGCCGUCUGAUUGUGGAGGGGGUGACGCAGCCGGUGUGGAUCAUCAGCGACGCCCGCCGCAGGUCAGACGUGGACUGGUUCCUAGAGGCUUACGGGGACGUGACACAGACGGUUCGUGUGGAGGCCUCUAUAGAGAGCCGGCAGUCUAGAGGAUGGGUGUACGCCCCGGAGGUGGAUGAUGCAGAGUCGGAGUGCGGCCUGGACACCGGGGUGACGUUUGAUUGGAUCAUCACCAAUGACGGGGACGAGGUGUCGCUGGAUGAGCAGCUACUUAAAGUGAAGGCCUUUACCCUCAGCAGACUGACGCUCCCGGUGUGAGGGCUGCAGCGGGAUCUGUGACAAUCAUCAGUACUUUCAGGCACAGAAGGAAGAGUUAAAAGCUCUGCUGUCUGUCAGGGACGGGAGGAACAUCACUCCAGGACUGGCAGAGGAGAACAUCAGACUGAAGGACGCCCUCCUGACAGAAGAGACCGCGCACCUCUCUGCCAAGAAGGAGCUGCUGAAUGUGCAGGAGAAGCUGGAGGUCCUGGAGAGCGGUGGUGUGGAGAAGGAAGCUCCAUCUGGCCUCUUUGUCCUUCAUGCAUCUCCAUCCUUCCUUUUCCAUCCCUGUCCUUCCUGCUUCUUUGUACUUCUGCCAUCACGAGUCCCCUUCAUAUGAUUCUCCAUCCUUAAAGGGGUUGUCUGCUUUUUACUAUUGAUGACCUAUCCUUCGGAUAGGUCAAUAUCAGGUUGGUGGGACUCCCGGCACCCCCGCUAUUCACUUCUAUGGGCCGGCUCUGUAGUAUUACACAGAGCAGGUAAACGGAGCAGAGAAGGCGGCGCUGGUAUGAGCACUGCGGUCUCUUCAAACAGCUGAUCGGCAGGGGUGCCAGGAGUCAGAUCCCCCCCUGAUCUGAGAUUGAUGACCUAUCUUGAGGAUAGGUCAUCAAUGGUAAGAAGCAGACAACUGCUUUAAUGCUUUCCCUUCAUGUGUGGCUCUCCUGCCUUUGUACUUGUUUUCGCCACGUUUCAUGCUUCCUCUUCCUUCAUACUUUUCCUUCCUUUUGUGCUUGUUCCUUCAGUCUUCUCUGCCCUUCUUAUUCAUGUUUCCUCUUCCUUCAGACUUCCUUCCUUCAUGAAUCACUUCUGCCUUUCGCUAUAAAAGUAUAAAACCCUGUCCCAGACCGUUGCCUGUGUGAGUGUGUCCUUCCUGCAGGCAUUGAAAGCAGUGUUUGGUGGACGGCCCUGCUUCACCGCUUCUCUUCUUGUCCACACUAGGUUGUGCUUUGUUUGUUUUUUGUGUGUGUAUUUUAUGCCAUUUGCGGUUUUAAUUUAGCUCUCACUGAACUAAUGCACUUUGGAAAUAAAACUUUAAAAUGUU